GGACAACCCAUUUGCACCGGCAAUCUAGACAGCUGGUAUAAAGACACAAUGAAAUUCAUUGAAUUACCUCAGGUCAUGGAUUUCAUGGGACAAUUAAAGUUUUCCCAACUUGAUUCGUUAUUCCUUGGUGCAGUAAGUGAACUUCGUCGUAAACCCAUCAUUCAUCCGGUAAAAUAGCUAAAAGUGAACUAUAUAUAGCUAACAUUUUACGCUCUCUUUCGCUGUGUUUAUCUAUUAUACUUCCAUCCAGCCUCUAAGUUUGCUGGUCCGAGACUUGCAGCAGUCUCGAAUGUGUGGUUUGCGUAUCAUUGGUAUGUACAUACCUCCUAUUUUGAAAACCAGAAGUUUCAUUGACGAAAAUUAGGAUGACGGGGAAGUAUCCAAUGACAAUCGCCAAAACACUCGAUAAAUAUGGUAAGCUUCAGUCACAAAUCCUAUGAUAAACCCUACUAAGCAUUUCCACAGGAGAUAUAGUCCGCAUCGCCCCAAACGAACUAGUAUUCAUCACUCCCCAAGCUGCUACAGGUACCUCCCUCUUCUCCCCUAACCAUUUUCUAUCCCCUCUCCUAAACCAAUUCCUCCUAAUUCCAUAACUGAACAGAUAUCUACGCCUCACAUACGAAACACAUCGAGCACUUCCACAAAACCAACUCCAUAGAACUAGGAGUUGGGGACCAAGGCAUUACCUGGGAAAAGGAUCCUUAUAAACACCAGAAAAUCGCCAAGACUUUGGCACCAUCUUUCAGUGUGAAAUCUAUCAAAUCCAAGGACCCGGUGAUGCAUAAGUAUAUUGAUCUGUUCGUUGAGAAGAUGAAGGAGUUUGGGGAGUAGAAGAAGGGAUCGAACUAAAGAUGGUAUGGCUUAUUCUUCUUUAUAUAUGGGGUCUUUAUAUACGGGGAUUUAAGUUACGGGAUUCGCUAAUGAAAAGGCAGUGCGCAGAUUGGGUAGCUUUGAAUAUAGCUUGUGAACUGGCUUACAGUCACGAUUUAAAUCAAUUACGAGAUAGUCCGUCUCCCUCCCCUUUCCCAUCUCCCAACCUAACCAUUGCAAAACAGUGAAGAGUUCACCCCUCCUCUCCUCAGUCUGGGGCAUCAACUUCUUCAUAGUAAUCCACCAAAUCAUGCACAAAUUCCCGCUCCUCCAACCCCUCCAAUUCCUCUUCGUCCCUCCCACGGCUCUGCUCAACGAGCUCAGAGCAAGAAAAGUAAAUCAUCAAGCCCUCCUCGCCCGUAUCGCAAACCGUGGAAAGGGUGAACAUCUUGAUCAUAUGGAGGUACUGCUUCCUCCACCGCAUGAGGAGGUGCCAAAAGGGAGGGAGUUCCAGAAGAUCGAGACUGUUGCUGCGCAGGUGAUGCUUGCAGGGUAUGAGCCACCUGCUAGUCAAUUUCUCUGUACGAUCAUGUUUUUGCUUCAGGAGGAAAGAAUGGUUGAGAAAGGGUUCUUGGAGGUUGUGGUUAGAGAGAUUAGGGAGAGGUUUAGGAGGUAUGAGGAUAUUACUACGGAUGCUUUGGCGGGGAUGGUGGGC